AAAUUCAGUAAUGGCGGUCAAUGUAUUGGAAGAGUGUUUUUUUUGAGGUUAAGUCAAAGUAGUAAAAUCAAACUUUUGUGAAAAAAUAUAAUAAUUAUACUUUUAUUAAAAAAUGGAAAAGCAUUCUCAUAAAAAAGAUUAUGAUAGAUUUAAAAAAGAUGAUAAAGAUCGGCGUAAAUAUAAAGACAGAAUUUCACGUAGGAACAGUGACAGUGAUUAUGAUAGCCAUUCUAAGAGAUCAAAAUCAAGACGUAAACAUUCAAAAAGUUCAAGUCAAAAAUAUAAAAAAUCUGGACACAGAGAUUCCCUUGAAUCGCGUGAAUCUCAUAAAAAGAAUUCUUCGAAACAUAAAAGCAGAAGAAGGUCAUCAUCCUCAUCAUCAUCAACAAGUCAAAGUGAUUCCAGCAAUUCAUCUUCAUCUAAUUCUUCAUCAGAUUCUACAAAGCUCUUAGAAAAACUUCAAAAACAACGUCAGAAACAAAUUGAGGACAGGAAACGUCAAAAAGAAUUGAUGAAAGCUACAGAAACACCAGAAGAAAAAAGAUUACGUCGUUUAAAAAAGAAAGAAGCCAAAGAACGUAAAAGAAAAGAGAGAAUGGGUUGGGACAAUGAUUAUUUACAUUAUACAAAUACAGAUAAUCCAUUUGGUGAUGGAAAUUUACUUUCCACAUUUGUAUGGUCUAAAAAGCUUGAAAAAGAAGGCUUACUUGGCGUAAGCAGGGAAGAAUUAGAAAUUAGAAAUAGACACAAACAAGAAGAAAAUAAAAGAGAAUUAGAAAAAGUUAAGAAAAGAAGGCAAGAGAGAGAAUUAGAAAGGCAACAAAGAGAGGAAGAGAUGACAAUGCUACAAAGAGGAAAAGAAGCUGCUCAACUGGAACAAUGGGCAAGACAAGAAGAUCAGUUUCAUUUAGAGCAAGCGAGAUUAAGAUCACGUAUUCGAAUACAAGAUGGUCGUGCAAAACCCAUUGAUCUUCUUGCUAAAUACAUUAGUGCAGAGGAAGAAGUUGAUGCUGUGGAAAUGCAUGAGCCUUACACUUAUUUGCGUGGAUUACAUGUGAAGGAUUUAGAAGACCUCAUUGAAGAUAUUAAGGUUUAUAAAGAAUUGGAACGUGGAAAAAAUUUAGAUUAUUGGAAUGAUAUUACAGUAAUUGUUGAGGAUGAACUGCAUAAAUUAAGAAAAUUAGAGAGAUCAGAGUAUGAAGUUGCUGUUGGUAGAAGAGAGGGAAUACAUGAAUCAGUUGCUAAAGAUGUAACUGCUAUUUUUAAAGGAAAAACAGCAGCGCAAUUAGAAGCUUUGCAAUUACAAAUUGAAGCAAAAAUUACAGGAAAACCUGAAGGUGUUGAUAUAGGAUAUUGGGAAAGUCUUUUAUCCCAACUCAAAGCGCAUAUGGCGAGAGCACGGUUAAGAGAUCGACACCAAGAAAAUUUGCGUAAAAAAUUGGAAGUUUUAAUUGCCGAACAAGGUGUGGCUAGGACGGAAAAUGAAGCGGAAAGUUCACAAGCAGUUGGUGAGCAGUCAGAAAAACAAGAAGAACAAACCACCAGUGCAGUUGCAGAAAAAAGUGAAGAAAGUCAGUCAGACGAUGAUCAAGAAGUUAGUAAUGCAGCUGAUGAUCUUUUGUCAGAGUCUUUCUGUGAAUAUGAAUCAGGAGGCUAUUCCCCAAAAUAUAUACCUUAUUCUCAACUUGAACCAGGAACUCUAGUAACUUUAGAAGAGGAUGACAAUCAGCGAUUAGAAUAUGCAAGAAAUCAAGUACUUAGUACGGGUCGGAAAAUCCAGAAUGUUAUGACUGUUGAAGAACAAGCAAUGCAUAGAGAAGCACGGAAGAAUAUGAGUUCUGACGAAGCACAAUUUAGCGUCGAAUCGUCUUUAGAAGCACAAAUUUAUCUCUGGUCUGAUAAAUAUAGGCCUAGAAAACCAAGAUAUUUCAAUCGUGUUCAUACCGGUUUUGAAUGGAAUAAAUAUAAUCAAACUCAUUAUGAUAUGGAUAAUCCACCACCAAAAAUCGUUCAAGGAUACAAAUUUAAUAUAUUUUAUCCAGAUCUAAUAGAUAAAAACACAACUCCUGAAUAUUUCUUGAUGAAACGUGGUGCUUCCCUGCACAACGAACCGGAAAGACCAAAGACUGCAAACCUCGAGAAACCAAGUGUGCUAGAUCCCGAUCUCGUCGACAAGCUAGACAUGUCUCUUCUCAGCAAGGAGUUGCUUGUUGACUCGAUAAUGCGAUUUCGUUUGGCGAAAGCAAUUAGUGGGGGUACGUCGUCGUUCCCUCCGUCGUCAAGGUACCGACAAAACAUUAUCGGUGCCGACCGACAACGACAAUAUAACCCAGCAUCGAAUGGUGAGGCGACGUGGUGCAGGGCUCCCUUUUCCAUACGUCACAAACGACAUAGCUUCGAACAAAUUCUUGACUCGAGGCUCGGUCACAUCGACGUGUCUCUGGUAUCAUCCAAGAUGCAGAAGCAAGCGCGCGUAAAUGGACAGGAUACGGCUUCUACGAAGAGGAGUUUGGAUAAUACAAAACUGGAUGACAAUAACAAUAGAAAUGGAACAGCCAGCCAUAAGAUACUUUCCUUGUCGACGUUGAAGAAGAAGAGUUCAAGACCCAUCGUACAAAACGAUCUGGAGGUGUUUACAGCCUCUUCAACAAAGAGCGCUCCGGAGCCUUGUAAAAGCUGCGGAAAACCAGACCAACCGGAGCGGUUUCACAGUCAUCCGAAAAGUAGCCAACUCAAGCCGAAGGACAAUCCUACGAAUUCGAAAUCAAAGACCACAAUACCGAAGACUGUUCAGAAACCUGUUGCUCUGAAUUUUCGUAGUGAUAAGAACAAAAACAAAGUGGAGGAAAUAGUUGCUCAGAAUCAUUCGAGCAAUCUUCACGAGCAAUCUAAUGCAUCGAAUAAUACACCUUCGUCAGCACCAAUUAAAAAGGGACCAAGGACUAUUCCCGACAUAUGUGGUCGGGAAUUUGGUACUGCUAGCUUUCCUAUCCACGAGCCCAGGUGCAUGCAGAAGUGGGAACGGGAAAAUAAUUCUUUGCCCGUGAACCAAAGACGUCCGACACCUCAGAGGCCCGACACUGCCAUCAAUCAUUCGGAAUGGAAUGCAGCAGCAUGGGAAGAAAGCCAGGCACAAUUGAUUCCUUGCUCGAAAUGUGGAAGAACGUUUCUUCCGGCACGAUUAGCAGUCCAUCAGAAAAGUUGUAAAGCUUCUAUAAAGAACAUCGAACCAGAGAAAAUAGAAAGCUUACUUAGUGAAAAGUCUCCGAACACGUCACGAACAGGACCUCCUAUGGUUACUUGUCAAUCAUGUGGCAAAAACUUCGGCACGAAGAGUAUAAAAAUACACGAGCCUCAAUGCAUAAAGCGAAUGCAGGUAGAAAAGAAUAAACAGGCGGCACAGUCACGAAAAAAGGAUACGGUCCGACAACAGAAAUCAGAAAUAAUGAUCGUGCAAGAAAAUUUAAGCAGCCCAACGGGGGAUAAUACACAAAAGAAGACGAUCACGUGCUACAUAUGUGGCAAAGAUUUCGGGUCCACUAGUAUAGCCAUUCACGAGCCACAAUGCUUGAAAAAAUGGCACGUGGAGAAUCAAAAGUUGCCGUCAGGUCAAAGGAGAAAAGAGCCAGAGAGGCCUGAAAUUAUCUACACUCGUGAUUCAGAAACAGGAGAUAUGACAAUUGACUUGGCCGCAAUGGCUGAGGCUAGUUGGAACUCUCACUUGAGUCAAUUGGUCCCGUGUAAACACUGUGGAAGGACUUUCAAUCCUGACCGCGUAAACGUUCACGAAAGAAGCUGCAAAGGGAUUCGCUAAACGUACGCAGUGUAAAAUGAAAUAAUUAGGAGAUUUGCGACUACGACUUUAUUUUAAUAAUAAUUUUAUGGAUAUUUAAUUAAACAGAAUUGGAAUAUUUUUAUGAAUUAAUGAAGUUGUAAAUACGUGAUCUUCUGAUUAUUUUAAACUGUUGUUAAGGACAUGAACGACUUGUGUCGGUGGCGAAGGACUAUCGUGGGAAAUGAAUAACUUUGAUUUGAAUUAAUACUGAUUUUAUUACGCAAGAAACCUGGUCGCUUCUGCCCGAUUUAGGCAGCUCGUUCUGUCUGAAUAACUAAGCUACCGACGACCGAGUUCGAAGGAUUUAGCUAAAUGUUGACUGAGAACUUUGAUCCUUGAAUGAUUAGUCAAUAACUUGAACUUGAAUUUGUUCUCAACUAAAAUGUAAUUUUAAAACUUAAGUUUUUAAAACUUAAUUGCUAAGCUUAUCAUCUCCUCAGAAUCCUUUUAUAUAAAAAGAUCUUUGUGUAUUCUAUUUCAAAGAACUCUGAGGAGUUAUCUCCAGAAUUUCUCGUUACUACGAGAACGACUCUCGUGGGGUGGUAGAAAACGGUCAUCACCUUCUGAAAACUCCAUCCUGUUACUUGUACGAUACUUCUGGCACGUCUAUGACAUCACAAUUGCAAUUGUGUGGAAAAACAUUUUCGCACUCGAAACUAAUUGAGAUUUAUGGAUGGUCUGAUUGUAAAUUCUCCAAAUGGUCUGUACCUGAGGGACGUGAAAAAUUCUUAAUUUGACACGCUAAGUCUGGGGCAUGUUCAUGUCACAAAUAGUACGUACCUUAACAACUGCAAAUAAAACUGUUUUUUUUGUUCAAAAAAAAAAAAAAAAAAAAAAAAAAUAGUAAUAAUUUAAUCGUGGAAAACAAAUGCAUGGGUACAUACACUGGGAAUUAAUUAAGGUCGAUGUUUGUUAUUUCAAUUGAUUUGGCACAUAGAUUUUAUAUGCAUAUAUAAUUUUUAAAUUUAUAAGCAUACAUCAACAUGUAUGUGUUAAAUAGUAAAAGUGAAAUAUAUUGUAUACAUAUAAGUGAUGUACACUGCACCGACAUUGACGUAUUUCUAACAAUAAUUAUUUUACAAGAAAACGCACAAUCGUUACUAUUCUUUUAACAUGUAUGUAAUCAGUACGUUUGUAAUUAAUAUGUUUUUCUACACUUGUCUACAUAUGAUAUGAUAGAUUGUGUAAUUUUCAUUGUUGAAUUAGAUGUAGUAUUUUAUAUGAGUACGUAUGAUCUACGAGAAAAUAAAAACUAAUAGUCCACGAUAAA